CUCUCUCGGACGUCGAAGUGGUGUUUUGAACUCAAGGUUAUAAGAUGCUGACUUUUUGGCGAGAUCAGCCUAAAGUUUUAUGCAUAGCUGUAAAAGUAAUAAAUGUGAUCAUAUUGACACAGCUGGUCUCCAUAGUUGCUGUAGAAGAGUCUGAUGAAGCGGUUUAUGGUGUUCCGACAGAGAAUAUCGAUACGGACAUUUUUUUGAAGUCUCAUUCGGCUUAUAAUAAAUACACUGUUUCACAAAAGAAUUUAAACACAACUGUCUUAGCAUAUGUAACACCUUGGAAUAAACUGGGAUAUGAAGUCACAAAAAUAUUCGGUACUAAAUUUAACCUUAUCUCCCCUGUAUGGUUUGAAGUCCAAGGUGAGAAGAAAGUGUACACGGUUACUGGAAUCCAUGAAAUUAAUACUGUGUGGAUGAAUGAAAUUCGUGCUGUCAAUCCCAAGUUAAAGAUAACUCCUCGAUUUUCCUUCGGUCCAUGGGAGAGUAAAGAUUACGCCACAACUUUGAAGGAUAAUGCUAAAAUGAACAAAUGCAUUCAAAAUAUAAUCAAUGUUAUAAAGAAACAUAAUUUUGACGGUGCAGUUAUAGAAAUUUGGGUCCAAUUCUCUGGAUUAGAGUUGAAAACACUCACUAACUUUAUUAUUCAAUUGGCUAAUAGUUUGCAUGAAGCAGGCAAACUUCUUGUGCUAGUUAUUCCACCACCUGUUUAUCAUGGAGGCAUCGAAGGAAGAUUCAGACAAAAUGACUUUAAUCAAUUAGCUAAUCAUGUGGAUUAUUUCAGUUUGAUGACCUAUGAUUACUCUUCACCUAGACCUGGUCCUAAUAGUCCAUUGAAUUGGGUAGAGGCGUGCAUACAACACUUAGUUCCAGAAACCUCUUCAAAUUAUUUAAAGUUACGACAACAAAUUCUAGUUGGACUGAAUUUCUAUGGGAUGGAUUAUAUUAUUAGUAAGGCAGCCAGUAACCCUGUCAGAGGCAACGAAGUUGUUGAAGUCUUUCAAAAUCAUCGACCAAAUUUUACAUGGCAUAAACAAUGGGCUGAGCAUAGUUUUUCCUAUAAGGAUAAUGAGUCUCAAGAUCAUUUGGUUUUCUAUCCUACCUUACUGUCAAUAUCUCAGCGUCUUCAAACUGUCAUAUCAAUGGGCACAGGUGUUUCAAUCUGGGAAAUUGGCCAGGGUUUACACAGUUUUUAUUCUUUAUUUUAAUAUGAAUCUACCAUUAAUCUUUGUGUAGUGUCUUGUUAUUUUUAUCAUACAAAUAUAUAUGUAUAUUAGGUUUUUAUAUUCACUGUUUUCUAUACAUUGCGACUUUAUAAUAAA